UGGUGGCGCUGUUUUCUUUCUUAAAGUUGGGCUUAUGGACGUCAUGCAGGAGGUCUCUUUUUGUCGGAGCGUGUUCAUGUUCAUGCUGAGACUGGACAGCUCCCUGGUGCUGAAACGUCGUUCAGUGAAUUAUGUUGCCUUUUUCCUGUAUUUUGCCUGGAUUUAAAACCUUUUAAAGGUUUCGGAUUGAUGGCAGAGGAGUAUUUUCAGUGCCGCUGACAGCUUGACUUUCUCUUUUUGAUUUCCCGUCAUCCUGAAUUUUACAAUGAGUCCCGUUUUAACAAAGGGCUAUAUGCACAGGUACGUGCUGCUCUUUAUUGUUUUCCUAAUCGUUCGCAAAAUAUCAAGCGCAGUUACGCAUUAUACCUUGCCUGAAGAGAUGAAAGAAGGAACAGUUGUGGCAAACCUCGCUACCGAUCUCGGCCUCGACGUGACAACUCUGACAAAGAGAAAGAUGCGCCUUGACAUUAUUGCUAACAAAAAAUAUUUGGAUGUGAACAAAGAAACUGGCGAGCUGUAUAUUGUUGAGAAGAUUGACAGGGAGCAUAUUUGCACAACUAAGUGGUCUUCCUCGUGUUAUCUUAAACUUGAAAUAACGCUGGAAAACCCAUUACGGAUAUUCAACAUAGAGAUAGAAGUGUUAGAUAUGAACGACAACGCCCCGCAUUUUCGAAGAGACGCCAUUCAUCUAGAUAUAUCCGAAGCAACGCCGAAGGGAGAAAGGUUUUCACUCAGUAAUGCGGUGGAUCCUGAUGUUGGAACAAAUUCCGUGAAAACGUAUUAUUUAAGUGAAAGUGAAUAUUUUAACAUCGAAAUUCAAACAGGAAGAGAUGGGUCAAAAUUCGCUGAUUUGAUUCUAAUAAAGACCUUAGAUCGUGAAAAGAAGGAACAUCAUAAUUUAAUACUCACAGCCGUAGAUGGAGGAACACCUGCGCGAUCUGGGACGGUCAACAUUUUCGUUCAUGUUUUAGAUACAAAUGACAAUGCACCUACAUUUGACGAAGCAGCCUACAAUGUCAAAGUAAUGGAAAAUUCUCCCAUUGGAAGUCUUGUUAUUGAUUUAAAUGCUUCGGAUUUAGAUGACGGAUCAAAUUCUGAUAUUUCAUAUUCGUAUAGUUUGUACACGUCAGAGAAAACACAAGAAACAUUUAAUUUGAAUCCAACCACAGGCGAAAUUACUGUAAAAGGAAUGUUGAAUUAUGAAGAUUUUAGAAUUUAUGACAUGGAAGUCAUAGCAACAGAUAAAGGAGCAAACAGUUUAUCAGGACAAUGUACCAUAAAGAUCUUAGUUGAAGACAUGAAUGAUAACCAUCCUGAAAUUUCUAUUAAAUCCUUUCAGAGUCCAGUCAGUGAGAACAUAGAGUUAGAGACAGUGAUAGCUGUAGUUAGUGUCAGUGAUAAAGACUCAGGCGAUAAUGGACAGGUUGAUCUUCAUAUUCCAGAGAACAUGCCUUUCAAACUGAGGGAGUCCUCUGAUAACUAUUAUGAGUUAGUGGUGUCAGAGCCAUUAGACAGAGAGAAGGUCCCCGAAUAUGAAAUCACAUUCACUGUCACAGACAGAGGGUCUCCUCCUCUAUCUGACAAUGAAACUAUGACUUUGGAGCUGCUGGAUGUUAAUGACAAUGUCCCUCAGUUCUCUCAGUCAUUUUAUACCAUACGUGUCAUGGAGAAUAACGCACCUAGCUCCUUGCUCAGCUCACUCACUGCAUUUGAUCCUGACCUCCAUGAAAACCAGUAUCUAGUUUAUUUCAUCAUAGAGAAGGAGAUUGCCAACACCUCCAUGUCUAUGCUGUUCUCCAUCAAUCCAGAGAACGGGAAUCUUUAUGCACUGAAAACCUUUGACUAUGAGAUUGAGAAGGAGUUUCUUUUCCACAUUGAGGCCAGAGACUCUGGUUCUCCUCCUCUCAGCAGUAAUGUGACCGUCCACAUCAUUGUUGUUGACCAAAAUGACAACGCUCCAGUUAUUGUUUCUCCUUGGCGAGCUCAUGGCUCAAUGGUGGAGGAAAAGAUCCCCAGAUCUACUGAUAAAGGAUCCCUGGUGGCUAAAGUGAUCGCCUUAGACACAGACUCUGUGCACAACUCUCGGAUUACCUACCAGUUUCUCCAGGUGACUGAUGCUUCCUUGUUCAGCUUGGACCAAUACAACGGAGAGAUCAGGACUAUGAGGAUGUUCAGUUACAAAGACUCGCGCCACCACAGACUGGUUGUUGUUGCCAAGGACAACGGGGAGCCUGCUCUCUCUGCUACAGUCACCAUCAAGCUGCUGACAGUGGAGACUGAUGUUAAGGCGUACUCUGACAUGACUGAGAUGCCUCUGGAAUACGACAUCUUUUCAGACAUCAACCUGUAUCUGGUCAUCGGUCUGGCCUCGGUGUCAUUUCUCCUGCUCAUCACCAUCCUGGUCACCAUCGUGCUGAAGUGUCAGAAACCCAAACCCAGCAAAAGUGCUCCUCCCAGCAGGAACAGUGUGAUCAGUGAGAGGAACUCCACCAUCGCAGACUCCACUCUGGUCUCCAACGAUGCCUACUGGUACAGUCUGUUUCUAGCAGAGACCAGGAAAGGAAAGCUGGUGGUCAGACAGCCUGUGCCAAAGGGCUCCAGAUACAUCGUGUCCAGCAUCCCGAGAGGGACGGGACUGUCAGAGACUAGUGACUCAGCUGCUUCUACUCUGCAGGUAGGACAAAUAUAAGUGAAAAUAUUAAACUCAGAUUGUUUUCAAAAACUUCAAAAAUGUAUUUCUAAUUUCACAUAGAAAGGAAUUACCUUAUAAGUAAUUUUAUAAUAAAAACAAAAUUGCAUGAAUAAAUGCCCUAUUAAAAUAAAAAUAAAAAAAAUUACCAAGUUCAACAUAGAUAUUACCUCGUUUAUUAUCAGAUAACUAUUAAAUAACCCGUAUCACUUACUUUGCACAUCGUAGAUCUUUAUAUACUGUGAAGGCUUUGUGUUUCUGUCCUGUGAGGUUCUCUUGUACAUCUAUAAAUUAUGCGUAAAACAUUUUCUCUGAUCAUUUCUGUCGUCAAUAAAUUUAAUGUUCUGUACAAUGUCUUGAACUCCUGUUACACUACAAACGGACUCGGUCAUAAAAUAAUAGAAAAACAAAUAAAGAAAAAAAAUCGAACCUACUUAAAAACCUAAUUUGCGUCCUUGCAGCACCUCUUAUUUACUUUAUUUUUUGGGGGUUGUGUAUUAAGCGAAAAAUCGCCUAAAUGUACAAACAAGACAGAAAAGAAAACGAAUCACCCAAGGAUGGAUUUGUACGUCCAUGAAAAAGUAACACGUCAGAAUAUAAUAAAGGAAAUAUGAAAACUAUAAAUGAAUCCUUGAACAGGUUGUAAAACAUUUCGAAACAUAAUCGAAACUGAAAAAAAUUUAAAUCCAUUUUAAAAUGUUUUUCUUUCCGUCUCCUCCGUAACAACACAAUUUUAAAAUAAGCCGUUCAUGUCGCUGCUCUCCAAGAAAAGAAAGCAUUGGUGAAGUCAUCGUUUUCACGACAGUUCGUUGGAUGCCGUGAAGAAUCAUUCCUUUCUCGACUCUGCUAUGAAAAGGAGUCGUUUAUAUAAAAUCUCGCUUAUAUUUGGUACAAAUACACCACCAAAUAUCAAGUAUAGGGCUUUGAAGACGGAUUAAUGAUAAUGGCUCGCCAACAUGUUUGUUUUGCGUGGAAGAGGUUUGUCGCAGCGUUCCUCUGUUUUUCUUCCAUCCUGGACACGGUAAGCACGGUAACUCAUUAUUCCGUUCCGGAGGAAAUGGAUGAAGGGUCCGUUGUUGCGAAUUUGGCAGCUGAUUUGGGAUUAGAUAUAAGAAGUCUGAGCAAAAGAAAAAUGCGGGUGGACGUGGUGGGCAACAAGAAAUAUCUUGAUAUUAACAAAGACACCGGAGAGCUUUUUAUUUUGGAAAGGAUUGACAGGGAGUUUCUUUGUCCUCUCAAGACAACCACGUCCUGCUUCCUAAGAAUAGACGCAACAAUUGAAAACCCCGUGCGCAUGUUUAAUAUAGAGGUUGAAAUACUGGACAUAAAUGAUAACGCUCCUCAUUUUAGAAGAGGAACGAUGCAUUUGGACAUCUCAGAGUCGAGCCCUGUUGGAGAGAGAUUCUCCCUGAACAACGCUGCUGACCCGGAUGUCGGAACGAAUUCUGUAAAAAACUACCAUCUGAGCGCCAGUGAAAAUUUUGCUAUUGAAAUUCAGACCGGGAGGGACGGAACGAAGUUUGCUGAUUUGGUUCUGAAAAAGGCUCUGGACAGAGAACAGCGGGCUGUUCAUAAUCUGAUUCUGACCGCUGUGGACGGUGGGGUGCCCACGCGCACAGGUACAGCCAGCAUUAUUGUUCGCGUGCUUGAUGUGAACGACAACGCCCCUUCAUUUGACAAAGACCAGUAUGUUGUGGAUGUGAUGGAGAACUCGCCCAUUGGAAGCUUAGUGAUCAAACUGAAUGCUACUGAUUUAGAUGAAGGCUCCAACUCUGACAUGACUUACGCAUACAGUUUAUACACAUCAGAGAGAACCCAGAUGAUGUUUAACCUGAAUCCAGAAAAUGGUGAGAUCAGAGUAAAGGAAAUGAUAAAUUAUGAAGAUUUGAAAAUGUAUGAAAUGGAGGUGAUAGCCAGUGAUAAAGGACCAACCUCCUUAUCUGGACAGUGCAGAGUUACAAUCCAGGUGACUGACAUGAAUGACAACCAUCCUGAAAUUUCCAUAAAAUCCUUUCAGAGUCCAGUAAAAGAGAAUGUGGCCACAGACACAGUGAUAGCUGUAGUUAGUGUCAGUGAUAAAGACUCAGGUGAUAAUGGACAGGUUGAUCUUAAUAUUCCAGAGAACAUGCCUUUCAAACUGAGGGAGUCCUCUGAUAACUAUUAUGAGUUAGUGGUGUCAGAGCCAUUAGACAGAGAGAAGGUCCCAGAAUAUGAAAUCACCUUCACUGUCACAGACAGAGGGUCUCCUCCUCUAUCUGACAAUGAAACUAUGACUUUGGAGCUGCUGGAUGUUAAUGACAAUGUUCCUCAGUUCUCCCAGUCAUUUUAUACCAUACGUGUCAUGGAGAAUAACGCACCUAGCUCCUUGCUCAGCUCACUCACUGCAUUUGAUCCUGACCUCCAUGAAAACCAGUAUCUAGUUUAUUUCAUCAUAGAGAAGGAGAUUGCCAACACCUCCAUGUCUAUGCUGUUCUCCAUCAAUCCAGAGAACGGGAAUCUUUAUGCACUGAAAACGUUUGACUAUGAGAUUGAGAAGGAGUUUCUUUUCCACAUUGAGGCCAGAGACUCUGGUUCUCCUCCUCUGAGCAGUAAUGUGACCGUCCACAUCAU